AGUCUGCCGAGCUGCACCACGAACCACGGGAACAACCGGAGCAGCAAAACGCAAGCGAGAAUCUGCACCGUUGAUACGUACAUCUUCCAAUUUCCCAUUGGGUGGCAGCUACGGGCCCUUUGGGUGUCGCCAAUUCCAGCCCGCCCCGUUGUUCCCGCUUGCCGCUUCCCAAGCCGCCGUGCAUCCCACCGGCCACACUACAGUAGCGACAUUUCCCGUUGCUUUGCGACCCAC